CUGGCUUGCACUCUCUGGUGCUCCUGCACUCGCUCGAUCAGUCUCCCAAGUAUAGAACUAUUCGCGGUGCUUAGCAAUAUAUAUAUUAAUAUAGCCAAGUGUGCGGAAGGACACGGGGAAAGAGAGAGAAGGAGGUGUAAGUUGAAGAGUAAUCUGCAAUGAAUAUUAUGAAAAGAGGACGAUGUUUUAUGAAAAAAGUUAAUUGAACGAUGUAACGAUGUUUUAAUAAGCACUGAAAUUCGAGAGACAACGUUUACACACAACAAGGAAGAUAAAAGAUAUUUGUGCCUCUUAAAUAUUGUUUUCAUUAAGAUCCGUGGGUGUCAAGAUGAUCAGGAUAAUACGUAAGAGGAUUCUUGGGAAGAACAAUGUCCUUCCUAGAGCAUUCCUUGCCUUUCCUUCAUCACGGCCCGUCAUCUCUUCAUCACGUUCUGUCCUCUCUGGAGCUCCCUCUGAACCCUUGAGUUCCCGGGGGACGUCCAACAUGGUUGGAGUGGCGCCCUCGCUGGCUACGACAGACUCCCACUCCCUCCCUCGGCCACACUCUGAGAUCCCGGGCCCCAGGUCAUGGCCGAUGCUGGGGUCCUGGCCUGCCAUGCUCACUGAUCCGGCUUUUGAUGCUCAUCGUUUACCAAAGCUCUGGGAAUCUUACUUCAAGAAGUACGGUCCAAUUUUCAAGUUGAGCCUCAUUGGGCAAGGGGAUCUUAUCUACAUUUCUGAUCCCCGAGAUAUUGAACACCUCUUUAAGGAGACGUUUGACAAUCCCGUCAGGCCAUUUUUCGAAUCGCUGAAGAAAGUUCGGGAAAUCAACACCAGAAAUUUUUUUAAGGAACAUGGAACGGGAGUUUUUACUGAGCACGGCGAGAAAUGGUGGCGAGUGAGGAAACGAGCACAGGUUCAUUCCCUGAAGCCCCGAACCGUGGCUCAUUACCUGCCGCAGGUCGACCAGGUGGCCCAAGAGUUCGUCGCCAGGUCAGCCGGUCAGCGAGACCACAAGAAUGAACUUCCUGGCGAUUUCGUCCAAGAACUGUUCAAAUGGGCUCUUGAGUCCCUGUGCCUGGUGGCCCUCAACAAGCGUGUGGGGUGUCUGGAGAAUAGCGAGGAGGGGCUGAGGAUCAUCAACUCCUCCACCACCAUGAUGGACGCUUCAGGAGACUGUGAGUACGGCGUCCACCUCUGGAAGUACUUCACGACUCCAGCCUUGAGACGCAUGUUGCACUCUCACGACGAUCUUCUUGAAGUGGUCUUGGAGAAGGUUGGCCAGGCUAAGAAGGACCUGGACGCCCGUGACCCCAAGGACUCGGGCGAGCUGAACAUCUUGGAGUCUCUCCUCACCACUCCGGGUCUCUCGCUCGAGGAUGUUGUCACCUUCAUGGUCGACUUCUUCUUCGCCGGGAUUGACACGACAUCGAUGACGUCGGUGUUUACCUUGUACUACCUGGCUCGACACCCAGACAAGCAGGCCAGACUACAGCAGGAGCUGGACCAGGUGCUUGGAGAUGGGAGCCAGGCUCUCACCACACACCAAAUGGGCAGACUCACUUACACCAAAGCCUGUGUGAGGGAGGCACUGAGAAUGCACCCAAUAACAUCACUCGUGAGCAGGCGACAUGAUAAGGACAUAACACUCCAGGGAUACACAGUCAGAGCUGGUAGUCAUAUUAACGUGAGCAUUAAGGAGUCUGGCAUGAGGGAGGAAUACUUCCCUCGAGCGACUGAGUACCUGCCGGAGCGCUGGCUGAGGGCCAAUCCUGACCGUAGCGACAACGUCUUCGCCUCCAUCCCCUUCUCCAUGGGCACCCGCAUGUGUGUGGGCAAAAGGCUGGCCGAGCAGGAGGUUUAUGUGCUACUCGCGAGGCUUUUCUCGAAGUAUAAUCUGGAUUACAAGUACGAGGAGUGGGACCCAUUGUUCAGGAUUACGUACAGGCCUGAUAAGCCUCAGACCUUUACCAUGACCGAGCGAUCCUGUCUACCGUAACGAAUCGGGGAUUUCCUGUCUAACCUGGCCGACCGUUGACGGUUUGAGGUCCUGUCUCCAUUUCUGUCUACAGAUAUGGAACUGUAGCGGAAUAAGCGUCAUACCAUAAACAUUAUAUUAUGUUACUUUAUCGGUAAUAUUACUUUUUUCUGUAAGAUUAAAUAUAGUUUCUAAGUUUCACAUUCAACGUGAACUGUUGACUAUAAUUAAACUUUAUUUUGUUUAUUAUUAAUGAACCUGAUCACCUAAAUUUUAUGUUUGGGUCAAAUUGCACUAGUUCAUUAAACAUUAAACUAGUUCA